AUGCCAGAGGGCCCAUCAGUGAGGAAAUUCCAGCUGCUGACCUCCCCUUUUGUGGGACAAGUGGUGGUCAAGGUGGGGGGAAGUACCAGAAAGAUCAAUGUGAAUGACCUGAACACCCUGAGGCUCCAGGACUCCCAGGUUCAUGGGAAGAACUUGUACCUGGCGUUUGUGGCAGCUGAAGGCCCCUUAACACCAACUGCAGAAGAGUCACUGCUGCAAAGAGAGGCUGCUAGUGGGGCAAGUUCUCCUGCCCAGGGAGUGCAAGAACAGGUCUGUGCUUCAUGGACACAUGCCCAGGAUGAGGAGCUGCAGGAACUCCAGCACUCAAGAUUCGAAGCUCCAGAUCUAGCAGAGAGUCCGGGCAACCGGCUGCGCUUCCAUUUCGGCUUGUUUGGCAGCAUUCGGGCAAAUGAGUUCUCGAGAGCAAACAGAGCCAAUAAGAAGGGAGACUGGAAAGAUCCUGUACCCAGGCUGGUUCUGCAUUUCAGGAGCGGAGGCUUCCUUGUUUUCUACAACUGCCGAAUGCACUGGUGCUCCUCCCCAGGAGCUGAUCCUGCUUCUGACAUCCUGUCCAUGGAGUUCCACCGUGGCCAGGCACUGGACGCCCUCCGCACACCCCAUCCCAUCUGCUACACCCUACUCGACCAAAGAUAUUUUUCAGGGCUGGGGAACAUCAUUAAGAAUGAGAUCUUGUACCUGGCCGGGAUCCACCCGUUAACGCAAGGCUCUCUCUUGGCUCUCUCGGCUCUGGAGCGCCUGCUUGACUGCGCCGUUCGCUUCAGCUCUGACUGGCUGCACAGCAAGCUGCGUGGCGAGGGGCUGCACCCUCACAUCUACCAGAAGAAGCAGUGUCCCCUCGGGCACGCAGUGAUGAAGGGAGCCCUUGGACCCUCGGGUGGCUUUAAGAGACUUACAUGGUGGUGUCCUCAGUGCCAGCCUGCGGUGCUGUCAGGGGAUGGCGAUCCUCCCCCAGUCACUGAGUGA